ACGUCAGUGUGUUUUCGGUUAUAGCUCCUCCAGAGAGCCUCCUGGAUGCUCGAUCCUCGAUGUGCAUUUGGAGAAAUUAGAUGUCCUUUAACAUGGCGUGCUGAAAUCGAUUUCCGGUUGUCAAGGAGUCUAGGAGGCGAACAUCGAAAAAUUAGGGCUUUUGUAUGGGAGCCUUUAUUUUGAAGGAACGGAAGUCUUGAGUCCUACGCGCAAAUGCAUCCGGGUAACGGCUCUCUUCUCAUGCAGAGCAUACACACAGUAAAGAAUCAUAACAAGUAGCGGUUUAUCUAAGUUUUAACGGCUGUAGUCCUUAAUUAAACUAAAGGUUAUGUCACGGUAUGUUUAUAUUUAGUCGUAUUUCUUUGAGAGUUGAAAAAUAUGGACACAGGCGGCUCAAAGAGAAUGCGGUCCAGAGAGCUCCCCCCUCUUCCACAGCGAGGACCACGAGCGCUUCCCACAAUGCCGAGUCAAGACACAGCUGAGGAAGCACCAGCACAGAAGCGUAGGAAGAAGAAGAAAGGGAAAAAGGAGACGAAUGGAGUCGAUGAUAGUGACGAUCAUGGGAUGGAGAUGGGUGGUGUGGGCAGCGGGAGGGAAUCUGAGAAUGGAGAACAUCUCAACUUUGAAGCGACGACAGACACAGCCCCCCAGAGGAGGAAGAAGAGAAAGAAGAGUCCUACUAUAGAUCAGGAUGAUGACCAAGCAGACCUGGUGAACAGAGAUGCAGCAGAUCAGACCACAGAUGGAGAGGAAGUGGUGAAAAAAUCCAGAAAGAAAAAGAAGUCAAAAGUGGUCGAGUCGCAGUUACCGGAUGAGUUCGACGUAGAAGAGAACGACAUCAUCUCCGACACCCCCCCUCCCAUCUCCCAGCAUCCCCUGUUCUCGGCCCCGCAGGGUCAGAGCAAGCCGGUGGGGAAGGUGUUUGUGGAGAGGAACAAGCGUUUCCAGGCGGCGGAGCGCUCCGACUGGAGGAAGACGAGCGUCAAGACGGAGAACAUGACGGACUUCCACAACAGGCAGCCGCUCUGCACCACCAGAGACGUUUCCCUGAGAGUGCACAGCGGCUUCAGGGUGUUCGGUCUGUACUGUAAUGGCCUUCUGGCGGGCUGCGCCCUGUGGAACAUGGUGGUGGUGUACAUGUUGGCGGGGAAGCAGCUCACCGCUCUGUCCAACCUGCUGCACCAGUACCACAGCCUGGCCUACCCCGCGCAGUCCUUGCUCUACCUGCUGCUGGCCGUCAGCACCGUGGCUGCCUUCGACAGAGUGAACCUGACCAAAGGCUCUGUGGCUCUGCAGGAGUUCAUCACACUGAACCCCGUCGCCCUCGCCUCUUUCUUGUAUUUCUCUGCGCUGAUCCUCUCUCUGAGCCAGCAGAUGACCAGCGACCGCAUCAACCUGUACCCAGCCUUCAACACUACUCUAUGGCCACCAGGGUUGGAGCAACAGAUUCUGCACCCGUGGGUGACAGUGAACCUGGUGGUGGCUCUGCUGGUGGGGCUGGCCUGGAUCUUCAUUGCCACACGACCAGAAACAGACUACACUCACGAUUAUCUGGACGCCAUGAGGAUUGAGACUCCAAAACAAGAGGACAAAUCUGAAAUGACCGCCUGAGAUUCUGUACAUUUCAUCUGGGGUGUAUGGUUCGGCUUUGUUGCCAUUUUGCACAUAUUUUUGCACUGUACUUUGCUAGUGAAUUUGAAAUGUGUUGUAGAUACUUUUUUGUAUUUUAAAAAUGUGACUGUGCUUAUGUCUUUAAAAUAUUUAUCCCCCAAAAAAUGUCUCUUUAUUACAUUUGCAAUGAAAUAGCUGUUUAUUAUGCAUAAAACCUGUUGAUUCAAAGGGGAAAUAAGA